GUGAGAGUUGGUGGGCGUGGUCGCGCAUGCGCGCGAAUCUCCCGUUACCCGGAGACGGCGCCGGACGGAUUCCCGUGCUGAGCUGAGCUAACCGCGCAUCCGGGAGGCCAGGGCAGCAGCGAGGAGGGUGGUUCGAGCGAUGCCCCGGAGGAAGGGCACCAGGAGUAAUAGUUGACUCGCAUUUUAUUAUUCCUACAAGCAGUGGCGCGGACAUAUAUAGUUUCUGCAGUUUGACAGAGGAAUGCUGGAAGCAGUUCGGAUGGGACAGAAGAUUCAGAUUUCUCUACAGAUAUGGAGCACACAGACAGUUCUGAAAGUAAUGGGAAUUCCCGGGGCCCUGCACGCAUCACUCGUUCCACAGCAAGGUUAAGCCAGAGCUCACAAGAUUCCAGUCCGGUUGGCAAUCUGCAAUCGCUUGGUGCAGAGGAGCCGGUCUACUCCAGUCGGAGGGUGACCCGUAGCCAGCAGCAGCCCACCCCCGUGACUCCGAAAAAAUACCCACUCCGACAGACCCGCUCAUCGGGAUCGGAAACCGAGCAAGCGGUGGACUUUUGUGACAGAGAUGCUAAAAAUACUGGGGAUCAUGACGAAUCUCCACCCCGCACUCCUACUGGAAACGCCCCAUCAUCAGAAUCUGAUAUAGACAUUUCAAGUCCCAACGUAUCUCAUGAUGAGAGCAUCGCAAAGGACUUGUCCAUGAAGGAUUCCGGGAGUGACCUAUCCCACAGACCUAAACGCAGGCGUUUCCACGAGAGCUACAACUUCAAUAUGAAAUGUCCAACACCUGGCUGCAAUUCUUUAGGACAUCUCACUGGGAAACAUGAGAGGCAUUUUUCAAUUUCUGGUUGCCCACUAUAUCAUAAUCUGUCGGCAGACGAAUGCAAGAAUUGUGAUGAAUUUCAGGUAAGAGCACAGAGUCGCGACAAACAGGUGGAAGACCGGAUGCUGUCCCACAGGCAGGAUGAAAACAACAGGCAUGCCACACGGCACCAGGCUCCAACAGAGCGUCAGUUGCGGUACAAAGAGAAAGUCACUGAACUGAGAAAGAAACGUAACUCUGGCUUAACCAAAGAACAUAAAGAGAAGUAUAUGGAACACAGACAGACAUAUGGCAAUACAAGAGAGCCACUCUUGGAGAACCUGACUAGUGAUUAUGACUUGGAUCUUUUCCGAAGGGCCCAGGCCAGAGCCUCAGAGGACUUGGAGAAGCUGCGAUUGCAGGGUCAAAUCACAGAAGGAAGCAACAUGAUUAAGACAAUAGUGUUUGGCCGAUAUGAGCUGGACACAUGGUAUCACUCUCCAUACCCUGAGGAAUAUGCCCGUUUAGGGCGGCUGUAUAUGUGUGAAUUCUGCCUCAAGUACAUGAAGAGUCAAACUAUCCUGCGCAGGCAUAUGGCAAAGUGCGUUUGGAAACACCCUCCAGGAGACGAGAUCUAUCGCAAGGCAUCCAUCUCUGUUUUUGAAGUAGAUGGGAAGAAGAACAAGAUUUACUGUCAAAAUCUAUGCCUACUCGCAAAGCUUUUCCUGGACCAUAAAACACUGUACUAUGAUGUUGAACCUUUCCUUUUUUACGUCAUGACUGAGGCAGACAAUACUGGCUGCCAUCUUAUAGGUUACUUCUCUAAGGAGAAAAACUCUUUUCUGAACUACAAUGUGUCCUGUAUCCUGACGAUGCCUCAGUACAUGAGACAAGGUUAUGGGAAGAUGCUGAUAGAUUUCAGUUACUUACUUUCAAAAGUGGAGGAGAAAGUUGGGUCCCCUGAGCGUCCACUUUCUGACCUUGGCCUCAUAAGCUACCGCAGUUACUGGAAGGAAGUUCUACUACGAUAUCUGCACACGUUUCAGGGCAAAGAGAUUUCAAUUAAAGAAAUUAGCCAGGAAACAGCAGUGAAUCCUGUGGAUAUUGUAAGCACUCUGCAGGCCUUACAGAUGCUGAAAUACUGGAAGGGAAAGCACCUUGUACUAAAGAGACAGGAUUUAAUUGACGAAUGGGCAGCUAAAGAAGCAAAGAGAAGCAACAGCAAUAAGACAAUGGACCCAAGCUGUCUCAAAUGGACUCCUCCUAAAGGAACAUGAAACCUUUAUUUGUCAGACCAAAUUUUGCAGUCUCCCAUCAGUCAAUCUGCAUAUAUCUCAUCUGCACUGGCAAAUUCAAACUGUUUUGUGCUCAACCAACCCUUGCCCUUGCUGUAUGUUGAACUAUACACUCCUUGGAAGGCCUGUAGGGAGUAAUACAAUGUCUUUCCAGAUAGAGCCACAUCUACAGAUUACGAAACAGCCAUGUUACACCGCUAGAGUGACAUGAUGUGCAAGGUUACACACAUGAUUUAUUUUACAGGUUUGUUUUUUUAUUCCCCCACUACUGACACCAAGCGCCCUCUUUGUGGCCCUGUUUGAAUGAUCAGGACUUCUUUAAACGUCUGGGUGUUCUGAUCCUUUAUUUCCCAGGAAAUAAGUUAUGAAGAGUGAAAGUAUUUUAAUAAAAUGGAAAGCAGAGAGCCAUCGCUGCUAAUGAUUCAUGCCUCUUAUGUGUAUGGUGGGCUCCAUCUAUUAAUAGUCUUAGAGAGCAAUAAUGGUAAUGAGCCGAAUAAUGCGAAAGGGAAAGUCACCAAAAACAGAUUGUUUAAGCAUUUAUUGAAUAUAUAUGGAAAAAUAUAUUUGAUAUAUCCAUAGCAAAGCAAAAUGUGAGCUCGCGAAUGGGAUGCCAUUUUCAUAAUCUCAAGUAGAAUGUGGAUUAUUGUGUUACUGGUAUAGCUCUGAACCAAAUAAUAAGAGUUGAUGCAUAAAAUAUAUUAAUAGGCUAUUCAGGGUAUCCAUUUUGAGAUAUUAAAAGGUUUAAAAAAACUGGACUCCCAUGACACUCUCCAUACCAGUACUUAUGUGUUUUCCUUGACCUUCCUAAGUGUAUGUUACAGAUUGGACAGGCUUUCAGGAUAGGUAAUGGUGCCCAUACAUCAGAUGGCUAUUGGGCAAAUUCCCCAUUCUGCCAGUGCCUGGGUCAGGGGGAUCUGGGAUAUCCAUGUUGUAAAUACUCAAUUUGCUGUUUCCGACCCCCUAAAAAUGAUUGGGAUCGGUAAGUCAGGUAUUUUUAACAUGCUGUAUUUUGCCAAUUCCCCAAUAAUUGAUGUCCGCUGCAAUUUUGAUCUCUGGUCAUCGGAUUGGCAUUGGCAGGGAAUCACAGCUCAAAUGUAUGGCCUGCAUAAUCCAGUCACUUACAACUAUCGAAGAUAAAGUAUUCAAUCCUGCCACAUAUGUUAAAAUGAUGUAAGACCAUGGCAGACUCUGAGUGACCAGUAGUAUGGAAUAUAAUGGUAUAUACUUCCAAUAAGAUAGUGCUUCUGAAACCUUUACCAUCGGGAAGUUGGAAAGUUUAUUUAGUUGCUUUAAUGCAUUAGAUGCGAGUAAAUUUGCAGUGGAAUUUUGCCGAUUUUGACUGGAUUUGUAAAUUAGCAUUUCACAAAAUUUCUAGUCUGUGUAGAGAUGUCAAUUCAUUGUGGAGUGGCUGAGGUAAGACUGGGAACACUUAAGGGUGCAAUUUGUCCUUAAAUAUUCCCUUUUGUUGCAGCACUUGGAACAACAAAUGACUUCAAUCAGCAAUAUCUAUAGACUAGAUAAAUUCCACUAAAAUACAAAUGUACAAAAUUCUAUUCAUUCUAUUCUAUGAUAUGGCAAUGCAAGAGGAGAACUAUUUUUGUUGCUGUAACACGCACUUCUGCAAAUCAGCCUGUUCCUUUGAUGAACUUAGUUCUGCAAAAAUUUGUUUCCACUUUGACCAUCUCUAACAUAGAGAUGAACUUUUAAUAUAUGCACUCAACAUAUGUUUAAUAAGUAAUUGACAAUGUUAGGUUAUUCCAGUUCUGUAGGUUUUCAUUUAUUUGUUUGAUUUCAUAUUGAAAUGGUAUUAUAAAGUUUACAACAGGAUAUAAUAAAUGACCUAGGAUAUGUGUUAUUACCUUUUAUUUAUAACCGUACAUUUCAUGAUCUCUUAACAGUCUUUUCCUUUCAUCAUCCGAUCAAUGUGCCUUUUCUUUACAUAGUGAAGUUCCAGGAUAUAGGAUAGCCCAUUUAUGCAACUAUUCAGCAAUAUUUCAUGCUCUUGUCCAGUGCUUACUACAUUUUUGUGUAAUUUGGCUUACACAUUUUGCAGGGUUAUUUUUUUUUCUUUAUUUUAAAAUGUCUAUUAUAUUGAAAUUAUUUUCUGUACUCUAGCAAGAUAGCCGUCUUGUGAGACUUUAGUAAUUCGCUCAUAUGCUGUAGUUUUACCUGCACUUCUUUCCAGGAUUUUCUACUCUCCUUUAGAUUGUGUCUCUUUGCUCCAUACUCUAUGGGAACACAAUCUGCAGUGGAUGCCAUUGAAUACCAACACUGGCAUUGACUAUCUCAUUUCACAUAGUGUGGCUCUUGUGACCAAGGGAAGCUUUAAUAUAGAAUAUCAGCAAAGUGUUUGCUCAGUCCUAAUACAUUGAGAUGACAACAAAGAAACCAGGAGGUUACUACAAUCAAGCGGGUUUUCUUUUGGAACCUUAUCCUGUAUAUUAUUUAUAUUUUGUUGUGCUGAAUGGCACACAGAACUUGGUAUCCCAGGGUCUUGGCUAGAAAGCAUGUGGCUUGAUAUAUUUUGCAGUUGUGAAAUGAUACAGGCUUUUACAAGUGAUAGUGUAUAGCUUGUGAAUGUCCUUAGAUGCUAAAUUGUACAGAAGCUUUUGUAUUCUAUGUAUUGUGUCUUAUAAACCCCUCUAAAAGCUUGGGCCGGGUGUAACCUGUCCGUUCCUUGCCUUCUUGGAAUGUUGUAGACACAUUGGGAAGUGUGGGGAGGAGAGAGCGGCCAUAUGCAGUCUUACUGUGCAAUGCAGAAGUGUUUGGGCAUAUACUGCCGGGAAAGACUGAUGCAUGCCAUACAUCCGUAUGUGUGCUUUCCUUACCCAAUAAAGUAUAUAUUUUUGAAAAUGUAUUUGCAAAGAAAGUAAAUAUUUUGGAAUCUUAAAAAAAAAAAAAAAAAGGCACCAAAAAAAAAGAAGCUUUCAAUAGAUACUAAAUUGCAGUAAUGUCCAUCAGCUUGUGUUUCCAAAGUACAAAUAUGGAGGACAUUUUGUUAGCGAGAGGUUUAUUUUGUAGUCUUUCUGUAAACUGUAUCCUUGGCGCUCUUUGUUUCAACAGUGGGCCAAGUUAUUUGGCUGCCAUUGUAGGGGCUUAUUGUAAUGAUGUACUGUAUGUUCUUGUAAGAUGUACUUCCUUGACACUGUUGUGUAUAUCCUUGCACUUGCCUUCCAGGGUGUUUUUAAAACGCACAAUCAACUACUUGUCAUGCAUAAUAAUAAAAUGGUUUACCUAAUGGUUUCCAUCCAACCCUUCUUUUCUAAUCCUCUACCCCUGACCACUUUGUUGCUUUUUAUGGAAGACCUCAAAUAACGUUCUUAAUAAAUGGAGGAAAUACAGAAUAUAGUUUUUAUAACUGCAUUGGUAAUGUUUUGUAGCCUAGGACAGAAUUUAUUCACAUGGGCUUUGGGAAAAGAGGUGACAGCCAAAUUCUGUGUUCCUUCAUGUCACAUGAGUGAUAAUCUGAAAAAGCAAGCAUUGUAAUACAAUCUUCCAGCUCUAGUGUUAAAGUCCAUGUCCCAGAAGGUAUCCGGUUGAUAGACAGUGUCUAGUUAGACAGUCAAUAGAUACCACGUGUUAGACAGACAUUAGGUAGACAGGGUCAAAGGGUCGAUGUGAAAAUGGUUGACAAAAAAAGAUAGACACGUUUUUUGUUUUUGUUUUUUACAUGUUUUUGGACUAUUUCAUACCUUCUCUAUCCAUGUGGGCAUAGAGUUGGUUAUAAACCUUGUGGCGAGCCCCGCGAGGAUAUGCCUUUCUACAAUUGGGGGUCCCAGGUGACAAAAACUAUCCACACAAACCACAAAAAUGCAAAAAAAAAAACAUGGUGUCUACCUUUUUUUGUGUCGACCAUUUUCAUGUCAACCUUUUGUACUGUCUACCUUUUUCAUGUCGACCUUUUGACCCUGUCGACCUAAUGUCUGUCUAACAUAUGUUGUCUAUCUAUUGACUGUCUAACUAGACACUGUCUAUCAACCUACACCAGUCCCAGAAUGUCCUGUCAGCCUCUGACUGGCAGGGUGUGCUGGGAAUUGUAGUUCCACCAUUGCUGGAAAGUCACGUUACCUGUGCUGUAGAUGUAAUCGUCUGCAUUAUCCCAACGCCAACAAAGUUAUUUAAGUAUAUGCAGCUAACAUUAGGACACUGGAAAUGCAUUUAUAUUACUUUUAUGGUGUUUUUUUUAUUUUUUAUUACAUACAUGGAGCAUGUGCUAUUAGGCAACCGUUACAUGGCGUUUCCCUGAGUAUGGCAUGCAUUUAUCAUUGUAGUGGUGUCUGCAGCACACUGUACCCAGUAGUGUGCUGUACAUAGCCUGCAUCUCUAUUACAAGUCGAGUAUCCCGUAUCCAAAUAUUCCAAAAUACAGAAGUUUUUGAGUGACACUGAAAUAGUGAAACUUUUUUGUUUUCUGAUGGCUCAAUGUACACAAACUUUGUUUAAUACACAAAGUUAUUAAAACAUAUUGUAUUAAAUGUCCUUCAGGCUUUGUGUAUAAGGUGUAUAUGAAAUAUAAAUGCAUUCUGUGCAAAGACUUUGGUCCUGUCGUCAUGAUCUCUCAUCAUGGUGUGCUUUUAUUCCAAAAUACAGAAAAAUCUGUUAUCCAAAAUCUAGUCCCAAGCAUUUUGGAUGUGGGAUACUCAACCUGUACUACAGUAGGUAACAGUUAUGUGGCGUUACCCAGAGUAUGGUAUACAGUCAUCAUUGUGGUGUCCAGAGUCUACUUUAACCAGUAGUGUGCCGCGCAUAGCCUGCAUCUCUAAUACUAGGUAACAGUUAUGUGGCGUUACCCAGAGUAUGGUAUACAGUCAUCAUUGUGGUGUCCAGAGUCUACUUUAACCAGUAGUGUGCCGCGCAUAGCCUGCAUCUCUAAUACUAGGUAACAGUUAUGUGGAAAUACCCGGAGUAUGGUAUACAGUCAUCAUUGUGGUGUCCAGAGUCUACUUUAGCCAGUAGUGUGCCGCGCAUAGCCUGCAUCUCUAAUACUAGGUAACAGUUAUGUGGAAAUACCCGGAGUAUGGUAUACAGUCAUCAUUGUGGUGUCCAGAGUCUACUUUAGCCAGUAGUGUGCCGCGCAUAGCCUGCAUCUCUAAUACUAGGUAACAGUUAUGUGGAAAUACCCGGAGUAUGGUAUACAAUCAUCAUUGUGGUGUCCAGAGUCUACUUUAGCCAGUAGUGUGCCGCGCAUAGCCUGCAUCUCUAAUACUAGGUAACAGUUAUGUGGAAAUACCCGGAGUAUGGUAUACAAUCAUCAUUGUGGUGUCCAGAGUCUACUUUAGCCAGUAGUGUGCCGCGCAUAGCCUGCCUCUCUAAUACUAGAUAAGUUAAUUGCACAUUCCCUUAAAGAUCGCAAAUUGCUUGGCAUAUACAAUGUAAUGUAUGAGGUUUCUUUCCCGAUAACUUUGUAGACUGCAAAAACAAUAGCCUUUGCUUUGCCUUGUAUACAUGUUGUGUUACUGUACAUAAAAAAUGCACCACUUACUGUACAUGCAGAUGGAGGUAAUGCAUAAAAUCUUGCCUGUAUAUCAUGCUAGGUGUUUGUAUCUGAAUUGCUUAGUCAUCUUAAAUACUUGCCUUUUAUUUUGUUGGAGUCUGGUACCUGGCUGGUAGCCUGUUUUGCAGGAUUUUAUGCAAAUAGUGGAAAAAGGUAACUCCCAUUGAACCAGUGGGUUGGGUUUUUAUAUUAUAUAUAUAUAUAUAUAUAUAUAUAUAUAUAUAUAUAUAUUUUUUUUUUUUUGUUAUUGCAAAGUUACAUUUCUCUACAUAAAGUAAUAAGUAGCUAUGAUCUUGGCUAGUAUGUUUCACUUAUUCCAGUGAGAGAAAUCUGUAAACUGAUAGCAUUGUUACCUUAAUCUGCAUACAACACCUAGAACUGUAUAGUCUGACUAGCUGUACGUGCCCCUAGGCCUCCUUGAGUGGUGGUCAACCUAUGCCAGUGGUUCCCAAACUGUGUUCUUAAGCUCCCUGGGGUGCCUCAGAACACUAGCAGGGGUGCCUUGGGUUGGUGGUCCAUGACCAAUUCAAACUUUUUUUGGUCAAAGUAAUAGACAAAACCAGUGCUUGUGGCUGCCAAUUAUAAAAUGAGGACAAACAGAAGCAACUAUUGUCACGCACCACACUAAAGAAACUAGGGAUGACACACAAACAUAAUUUACUUAUUCUUUUCUUAAAUUCUCAAAGAAACUUUUUGCCUAGGGUUGCCGUGAAAAAAUUCUGAUACUCUAGGGCGCCAUGAUUCAAAAAAGUUUGGGAACCACUGGGCUUUGCCUUUUAGCUGAAAAUUGAAGUUUCUAUAGAAUUCAUCUAGACACUAGUGCGGUAAAAUUAACUGAGUAAACACUUAAGCGUGUCAACCUUCAUUGCCCCCAGUAAUGUUUUAACUUAAUUGGUUUGUCUGUUUUAAUGUACUGUUACUUAUACAUCUGACUUUAAUGUUACUCUUUUAAAAUAUUAUCCUUUUCAUCUACGUUGGAGAUUUGUAUGAGUGGUCCUUGAAAUACAUAUGGAAUUUUGCAUCUUCUACUGUACAUUUAUUGUAUCACGCAACUUGGCGACUUGCAGUAAAUGAUGAAGGCUUAGGGUAUUUAUGUUGUUAACAAGUGCAAGUUGAUGAACACUAGUUCCAUCAUUUUACAAGCUGUACUUUGUGGGUAUUGAUUGUACAUGAGUUGUAGCACGGUUUCAAAUACUGAACACUGAGGCGGUUCUACUUUUCAUAGCCUACAAGAUUAUACGAUAAUGGUUAAGCUAAUGGUCUGUGAUGGAUUAUAUUAUAACAAGUGAUACUAAUGCUAUAAAUUUAUAUAUGUUGGGUUGUAAUAUCGUCAUUGCAGUGUUAUGCAAUGUUCUGAGGUGCGGUGUUAUGAAAUCCUGUGUAUUAUAAUGAAUGCUGCACCUUUUACUAUAAUUUACAGCAGAUUUUUCCAUGACCCGCACAACCCAACAACUUUAUAUUUUUAUAUGGUCAUUGAAUUCCUUUUGUGAUUUCUAAUAUCUUUACAAUAUAUAACCUCCAAAGAUCAGUGAAUAAAUACUGCUGUCAAUUUAGUAUUCUGAAAUCUGUUAACAAUCUUGUAUUAUAAAGCACAGCACCCACUAGUGUUCAUAAUAGGGCAUUUCAAGUUCAUCUGUACAUCCUUUGACCUUUAUAAAAGCACAGUGAUUGCUACUUCAUGAAAUGAUUAGGUGGGUAAUAUACACAUCGCUGUAAAGUAUAAUAGAAUCACUGAAUUUAAAUAUUCUACAAUGCACAGCAUGGAUCUACUCCAGUAUAUUAUACAUCCGUGUAAAUUACCCUUUAAAAGAGGUUAUUCAAAUAGUUACUUUUAUUAAAAUUCUGUGGGGCCGAUUUAUUAAGUCUGGUGAAGUGAUAAAGUGGAAGGUGAUAGAGCACCAGCCAGUCAGCUCCUAACUGUCAUUUUUUAAACCCAGUCUGUAACAUGGCAGUUAGGAUCUGAUUGGCUGGUCCUUUAUCACCUUUCAAUUUAUCAUGUCACCGAGCUUAAUAAAUCUGCCCCUGUGUUUUUUACCAGUCAUACUUUACUGCUGUGACUGAACAUUGCCAUGCAAUCCUUGUAGUAUGAAACUCCCAACAAAAUUCUUUUUAACAUGUUCAUUUCUUGAUGGAGAUUAAAAAUUCUACAAUGAUCCAUUUAAUCCCUUUAGCAACUAGUAAAAGAUGAACUCUUGCAAUGCCUAUUAUCUUGUAAUACGCACAGUGUGCAAAUGGUUUACAGUGUGUCUGGGAGACUGCAUCCUUAACUCUUUUUUCUGCCAGAACAGGUAGCAGCCAUGUUACUUAUAGAAAAGCGCUUUUAUUUGCAGCAAUACAGAUUAUUUGCACUGGAUAAAUAGACUUUAUUUAUGUGUUCUGCUAUAGGCUGUUAUGUGACUUGUUACUCAUAGCAGUAUAUUGCCUACUCAAUAAAGCAUGCACUCUUCUUUCAAAUA